GCCCCAGACUGGUUUCACGGCUCACAUCCUGUUGGACCUUAACGCCAACAAAAGCAUCUAGAAAAGUUGGAAUUGACGCAGAUUAACGAAAGUUAAAGUUCUUAUACUUAACAGGUGGUAUGGAUACGAAUAAAACUGCAGUGAUGAAUAUAAUACCGAGCUGUGAAAGUCCUGGAGAGAGUGGAGCCAGUGCAGUGAGGGUAGAGAAUCGUGAUGAAGGAGCAACAUUGAGUGUAGCUUCAGGUAUUAGUGAUGGUACCCAGGCAUCUGCAGCCUCACAUGGAAGGGAAAUGUCUGGAUCUUCAUGUGAAACAAAACAAAAAGAACCUCUUUGUAUAAUUGUCCUCGGCAUGGCAGGCUCCGGCAAGACCUCGUUUGUGAAGAGGCUCGACUCUCAUUUGAAUAUUAGAAAGCCACAUUAUGUUAUCAACUUGGACCCAGCAGUGGAUAGUGUCCCAUAUAUGUCGUAUAUUGAUAUACGAGAUACUGUGAACUAUAAGGAGGUUAUGAAGCAGUAUGGUCUUGGCCCUAACGGUGGAAUUGUCACCUCUCUCAACCUUUUCUCAACAAUGUUUGAUGAUGUUUUAAAACUCAUUGCAAAGAGAGAAAAAGAAGUAGACUAUAUCAUAUUUGACACACCUGGUCAGAUAGAAGUAUUUAACUGGUCCGCUUCUGGGUCAAUUAUUGCUGAGGCACUAGCAGCCACAUACCCGACUAUCAUCAUUUAUGUGCUAGAUACUGUUCGCUCUACAAAUCCACAAACUUUUAUGUCUAAUAUGCUUUAUGCUUGCUCAAUACUUUAUAAAUAUAAACUUCCCUUCAUAAUUGCAAUGAACAAGAUUGACAUCGUUGACUGCAAGUAUGCUGAGAAUUGGUUACAAGAUUAUGAUGAGUUCUAUGAUGCUCUUUCAUCAGAAUCAACAUAUGCAGCUAAUUUGACCAGGUCGUUGUCGUUAGCACUAGAGGAGUUUUACAGUACUAUUAAAGCCUGUGGUGUUUCAGCCUUUACUGGAGAAGGAAUGGAUGCCUUCAUGAGACUUGCAGAUGAAGCUGCCAUUGAAUUUGAAGAUUACCGUGCUGAUUGUGAAACACUCAAGAGGAAGAAAAAACUGGAAAAUGAGAAACGGCAAAAGAACAUUUUGGGUAAAAUUGACCGUGACUUGCAAGAAGAAGGUCUUUGCUCAGUGAGAAAGGCAAUCAGAGAAGACACUGAUAUUUUCCUGUCUCAUGCAUCUGAAAGUGAAGAAGAAAGAGAAGAACUGGAUGAAGAUGACACUGAAGAGAAGAAAGAAUUAGAGUCAUUUCAGUCAUUUCUGACUAGUCAUAAGACAAAAAUGGAGAACCAGAGAAAAAAAUUUGCCAACUCCACAAACCAGUAAUUGUGUUGAAAUUUUUUUUAUAUAUAUUGUAUAGAUAAUUGUGCAAAGACUAAUCAGUAAGUGAUGCAUGAAGAUUUUUGUUAGUACACGUAUUUUUUGAAGUUGUACUAUAUGUUAGCCUAGAAAGGAUUUGUAGUUAAAUGGAAAAUAUAGAAAUAAUUUACAGUACCUGUCAUUUGUUCUUUCAUUCAAGGUUUUUCAUUUUCAUAUAUGUUUAUUCCAUUAGUCAUUCUUUCAGUAAUUGUACCUCUACAUACAUAUUUAUUAUCGGUUAUUUAUAAAGGUAAUUAACACACCAGCUAUCUCCCACCAAGAUAGGGUGACCCAAAAAGGAAACAUUCACCAUCACACAUUCAGUAGCUGUCUUGUCAGAAGUGUACAGACAUCACAUUUGAAAUGACCCUCUGAACUGCAAUAUCCUCACUCUUUAGACUGCAGGCACUGUACGUACUUUGUUCCUCCAGAACUUAAGUCUGACUAACCGGUUUCCUUUAAUCCUUUCAAAUGUUACCUUGCUCAGACUUUAACAGUACAUCAAGCCAUAAAAAAUCACUUGUCUCCAUUCACUUUACUCUAACAUACGCAAGUCUGCUGGAUGCUCAAGCAGUUAACCGUCAAAGCUUCAUUUACCCCCUCCUUCCAACCCUUCCUAGGAUCCUUACUCCUCCUCCCCUCUAUUCUGGAUUUAUAAUUCCUCUUAAUUAUUCUGCUUUAUCCUCUCUAAAUGCUCAGACCACUUCAACAACCCCUCCUCAACCCUCUGAAUUUUGUCUUUGGUAACCCUACUCCAUCUUCUAAUUUCUAUUCUUUGAAUUCUAUUCAUAAUAUAUACACCAUGGCCCCUAGCCUCAUAAAUAUACGUAUUAUAUUAUUCCACUGCCUCUAUCCUCAUAUAUGUAUGUUAUUCCAGCCUUUCUAUAUUUAUUUUUGACACCGUAUUCCCUUAAUAGCUUCAUAUAGAUUCUUCAGACAUUUACAAUGUUUUUAAGUGAUGAACCCUUGAAAGAGGACAUUAAAAAUUUCUUAAAGAAUUCCAUAUGCUUGUAUGGCUAUUAUGUACAUAUAGCACUUUCCAAACCCUUCCAUUGAAAAAUAAAUACAAUGUGGAAAUAAAUUCUAGACUAAUUUUAUUGCAACUUUGUUGGUUAUUAAGGUUAAAUACCAUUUUGUGAAUGCUUGCCCUGUGUUGUAGUAGUCAGUAAUUGGAAGAAUGCAUCUACGUCUGUGGGACAUUUCAUGAUGAAGGCCAAGUGCACCAUAAAUUUCCACCCCAUGGUCAAGCUUUUAAUGAAGUUUAUACAUGUCUGUUUUACAGUUGUUCAAAGAAGCAUUGUAAUAAAUUAUUAUGGGCUAUCUUACCAUAUGAAACAAGUUUUUGGCAUACCAGGGCCUUGAUGUUAAAUACAGUGGAACCUCAGUUGUCGAAUUUAGUUCGUUCCAGAUGUCGAUUUGACAACCAAAAUGGAUGACAACCAAAGCAAUUUUUCCCAUAAAGAAUAAUGUAAAUAGAGUCAAUCUCUUUCAGACCCCCAAAUGAUAUUAUAAUAAUUUAUUAAAAUUGUACUAACUACUACAUAAAAUUAAAAAUGAAUACUAAAAGAAACUUUAACCGAAAUACUGUACAGUAAAUGAAAAUGUAACUACCACUUACCUGUCAGAGGAGAGCUAAUGGCAUACUGGAAGCAGGAGGUGGAGAAGAGGAAGGGGAGAUGUUACUGCUUGGAAGGAGAGUCACCUUCUGUUAAUAUGUCAGGCAACUGUCCUUCUGGUGUUGUUUCUCUUCUUUGUCUCUUUUUACCACUAACACUGUUCUGGUUCAUUGGUUCUUUGUCUCACUAAAAACCUGUCCAGUGAGGUUUGUUUCAGGCUCCAUUUUAACAGUUGUUUAAAUUGAGGUAUUACACUGUCAUUGUACAUAUUAGAGAGUCGGAAGGCCAUAGCUUUGUCUGGAUGGUAUUUUUCGGCAAACUCCUGUACUUCAUGCCAUUUAGCACAAAUUUUCUUUACAAGUGCAAUGGGCACAUCAUCCCUUCCCUCCUCUUUCUCUGAUGAUAGCUCCUCUGCUGUGAUCUGUUGCUGCUCCUUCUGAAGGUCUACAAGUUCUGUGGUGAGUUCAGUUCUGCGCUCUUCCACAAACUCCUCCACAUCAUCUUCAGUCACCUCUAGGCCCAAGGCCUUUCCCAGGGACACAAUAUCCUCUACUGGCUCAGGCUCAUCUUCAAAGCCUUCAAAAUCCCUGGCUGCCACAAAGUCAGGCCACAAUUUCUUCCAAUGCUGACUGCAUGGUCUUGGAAAACUUCCCCCAGGCUUUGUCUAUAAGCCUCAAGCAGGUGAGGAUAUUAAAAUGAUCCUUCCAGAACCUUCUGAGGGUUAAAUUUGUUUCUGAAGUGAUUUCAAAGCACCUUUCAAAAAAGUGCUUUGGUGUAGAAUUUCUUGAAGUUAGAAAUGACCUGGUAGUCCAUGGGCUGGAUAAGAGGAGUGGUGUUAGGAGGCAAGAACUUCACAGUUAUAAAAGUGAACUCUUCCCUUCAACUCAUUUUCCAAGCUUGGAGGGUGAGCAGGAGCAUUAUCCAUAAGUAAAAGGGCCCUGAGUGGCUAUUGUUUUUUAAUGAGGUACUUUUUGACAGUCAGAAUGAAGACCUCAUGAACCCACUCAAUAAAAAAUUGUCUUGUUAACCAAGUUUUCAUGUUGGCCCUCCACAUUACAGCCAGUUUGUUUUUCAUAACAUUGUUUUUCUUGGAAACUCGUAGAUUUUCGGAAUGAUAAACAAGUAGGGGCUUCAAUUUCAAGUCCCACUUGCGUUACUAGACAGUAACAGAGUGAGCCUGUUUUUCAUUGGCUUGUGUCCUGGCAUUGACUUCCUCUUCAGUUAUGUAGGUCCUUUAGGCAUUUUCUUCCAGAAGAGGCCUGUCUCGUCACAAUCAAACACUUGUUGGGGACAAACUGCUCAGCCUCUACAUACUCUUGGAAUUCAGUAACAUACUUUUCAACAGCUACUUUGUUAGCACUGGCAUCCUCCCUAUGCAUAGCCACACUAUGAAUGCCACUUCAUUUCUUAAAAUUAUUAAACCAACCCCUACUAGCCUUGAAGGAUUGAGUUUCAGUACUUGUUCCGAGGUCGAGUCUUUGUCCAGUGCACAUUCUUUGAGCACGUGACCCUAGCUGUUCACAUUGUCAGUCAAUAACCGAGAGAACAUAUGAAAACCAGGACAUUUUUUCUCUAAUUCCUCAUUCAAAAACCGAUUUAUUCGACAAGUAAUGCAGUCGACAGCCAAGGUUCCACUGUACUAUAACACGUGUUAAAAGAAUAGCUGUGCUCCCUUGCCUAGUACGUACACAGUACUUUCUACUACUCUGUACCAGGGACACAGUGAACCCUCUAAUUUACAAACUAAUAGGGGGAGGGGGUGUAUGUUAUUGCCAAUUGUCUUUUAUUUCUGAAUUAUGAAAUCUAUUUUUCAUGAUCGUUAGUUUUGAGACAUUACUAGACACAAAGAACACUCUAACCUAUAAAACAGUACAAGAUGGUGUGAGAAAGAGAAAGUGAGAAUAGGUUAGAGGAUGGAUGGGUGUGAGUGUGAGGAGGAAUGGAUGUGAAAGAGGGUGGGAGUGAAAAGGAAUGUGAGGGAAGUGGGUGGGGUUGUGUGUAUGGGUGGGUGGGUAUGAGAAGGUGGCUUUCAGAAAGCAUGAGUGGGUGUAUGUGAGUAGUGGGUAUGAGAGGGUGAGGGGUGGGGGGUUAUGAAAGAGGGUUUGAAUGUGGGUAGGUGAGAGAGAGGGUGGAUGUAAAUGGUGGGUAUAAGAGGGUGAGGAUGAGAGAAGGCAGGAGGAUGCAUGGGUAGGUGUUAGGGUGAAUGGGUGAGGGGUUGGUAUGAGAAAUGGGUGUGAAGCUGAGUAGGUGAAUGUGAGAGAAUGGGCUUGAGAGGGUUGGUGUGAGAGGUAGAUAUGAGUGUUUAUAUUGGUGUGUGGGGGUGAGUAGGUGAGUGAAUGUGAGAGGGUAGGUGGGUACAUGGGUGAAUAUGAGUGGGUGGAUGUUGGGUGAAUGUGAAAGGGUGGGUAGGCAAAUGGGUGAAUGUAAGGGGGUAGGUAGGUAGAUGGAUGAAUGUAAGAGGGUGGGUAGAUGGGUGGGUGGGUGAGUGAAAGCAUGCAUGAGAGGGUGGGUGGGGUAAAUGUGAGAGGGGUAGGUGAAUGUGAGAGAGGAGCGUACUCAGAUGCAGGGUACUACACCUCAGCCACUGACUGAACAUGUUAUGCACAGGAACAUCUCUCUUGGGCUCCCAUGCCAGCCCACUCACUCUCUCUCUUUACCAAUAAUACCCAACCACCCAACAACUAACACAAUGUAAAUAAUAAAUCUACAGUACAGAUCCUCAACACUCUCUCUAUAAAAAAAUGAGUUCUUCACACAUGCAGGGAGGGCAGCAGUGAAUCAUCGAGGGGAGACAGAGGGGCCUCCCUCCUUGGCUCUUAUCCAACAUCUUCCCCCCUUCCUACCUCCUCUGUGGGGCCUCCCUCAUUGGCUUGGUGACUAUCCAUCCAUCCACUAAUCCACCCUUCUCCUCCUUCUCUGUCUGACAUCCACUCAGUUAAUACAUGUAAAUAAUAAAUCUAUAGUUCUUCACCUUUCUUUGCCAAAUAAAUGUAAACUCUCUAUAGAUGCAUACAAGGUACAUACACAAAGUAUGAGUGGUGAAAAAUUAAGAGUGCUUUUAUUUGACUCCUGAAAAGAAGAAAAAAUAAUUUUGACAAAUAUUCAGUUUUCUAAAUUUAACAUUAGUGAUUUAAAGGUACUACUGAUUUAUAUUUAAUCCAGUAAUAUGUCCAGUAAUUUGUCAUUGACUAUGGUAUUUGUUCAUAUCAUGUGUUUUAUAAUACUACACUUCAUAAGGAAAAUUACUUUACAAAAUGCUCUUCAUAAUAAGGGAGAGAAUAAGAGACUGAUCUUUAAUUCAGGUUAAAAUAAACUGCUGUACUGUUCUGGAAAUGUUUAUGUAUUGAGAGGUCAAAAAGUGAAGAUAAAAGAAUGUAUAUGGAAAAUUUGUAUGUGUUGAGAGGUCAAGAAGUAAAUACAAAGAAAAUAUAAAGGAGAGAGAGAGAAAGCUAGACUUAUAAGAUAGCUUGGAGAUGUGCUUUACAAUGACCUUUACAUGGCAAAAGGAUAGUUAAUGAUAUACAGCCCCUCCUCAUUUAAUGACAGAGUUCCGUUCCUAAGACCACGUCGGUAAAUGAAUUCGUCGCUAGGUGAGGAGCAUACUAUAAUGAUAUACUGUAGUGGGUUUGUGUUACCCAUCUUUGAUAUUGUUUUAAUGUUGCCUUUGCACCAUUUAUAACAUUUCUGGUAUAUUUUUAAAUGUUUAUACUGCAGUGUACUGUAUAUUGUAAUAAAAAGAAUUGAGGAAAUCAGGUCUAAUAUACAUUAUUUAGGUAUGCAUACUGGUCAGAGAACUGGCCGUAAGUCCAAGUUGUCAGUAAAUGAGUACAUCGCUAAGUGAGGAGAGGCUGUAAUUCAAGUAAUAGUUUGUAGAGAUGCAGAAGCAGCUAGAAUGAUUGUAAAGUGGUUAGCAUUUUAAAAUUGAUAACUUGACAAGUACUUAGAAGGAAGUCAUAUAAGGCCAAAAACAGGAAUGUAAUAUAUUAAAAUCACAUUCUUAAGAACAUGUAUAGUUUUUUUGAGGAUUUCUUGUAAUAGCCCUAUUCUCAUUAUAAAUAAUGGCUUGAAAUGUCAAGAAUGUAUAGAUUUGCUCCUUCUAAAGGAUCCAGUGACACAGUUUGCAUCUAAUUUCUCAUUUUAUUCUUCAAACUGCAUUUAAUUAUGUAUCAUAUAUAGUGCAGUCAUUCAAUUUUGUGUUCCCCUUAUAGGUCAUCACCAAUUCUAAACUUCAAACAAGCAAAAAUGUGGGUUUUUUUUUUACUAUAUUAAAUAGCUAAGUUCAUCAUUGUUUUUUCUUGAAGUAACAUAUGUUUUUUUCCUGUAAGUAUAUAAUUUGUUGUUAAAAAAUCAUCUUUCUGCUGUGGCUUAUUUUUGUCUUUUUUUUACUGAUGACAUUGAAAAUUGUGCAUCCUGUUUAUACAAAACAGGUAUAAAAUACCUGUGUUGAGAAUUUGAAUAUUUUUAUAUUCCUGCCCAUUGAAUUUUAUUGAAAAUAUUAUAUGCCAAUUGCUGCAAUAAUCUGUAGUAUGAAUGGUUAUUAAACAUAGCUUUCAACAUA